AUGACAAAAAGUGUUGACAUCAAUAAAUGUGCUAUCGAUAUGAAAAAUAAAUCAAAAACAACAAAAAUAAGAGCAAAGAGAUCAUCAAAACAACAGCAAUUAUCACCAACACAUCUAAACAUUUCUGUCCCACUCCCGGUAGACCUGAAACCAACAGACAUAAUCGUAAAGAAAAAAGACGGCAAUUUUCCUAGCAAACCACCAAAUGCUUUCAUAAUCUACCGCCGUGAGUUUGUUAAAGUGUUGCGUGCAAGCGGAUUCAAGUAUAAGCAACAAGAUGUUUCUGCAUUGGCAUCAAAAGCGUGGGAAGAGGAACCAACAAUCGUUCAGAAUCAAUAUCGUAGACUUGCGCAGGAUUGUUCAACCAUUUUGUUAGAGAUGCGUCGUAAUAUGUUAGGAGAUACUGAACGCGAUUGGAGAACUUACAUGUCUCCGAAUGGCGGGGAAAUUAUUUUUGCUUCUAUCAUCAGCUCCGAGAAUGUUGCCACUGAUUCCCCUUAUCCUUCGAUAAAUAAUAACUCAAGAGCGAGGAAUGAAAAAUUUAUAUGGGAAAAUAAUUUUUCAGUAGUUGAGCCUUCGACUCGUACAUUAUCGAAUGAAGAUGCAUAUAAUAAUAGUAGCAACAGCCAUGACGACAACAAUCAAAUGCAUACUCAAUAUAAUGAUACUUUACCUGAAAUCUCAUUCUCUACCUCUCAUGCCUCCGCCUCGUUUGAAGAUGCAUUCAAUACCACCCACCUUUUAGGACACUUAUUACCUGACUCGCCAACAUCACAUCCAUCACCAACAACUUCUGGCUCAGAGUACCAUCUUUCAUCGUCAUUUGAUUCUUUGGAUUCUUCCUCGUCGUCGUCAUCUUAUUUGUCCAAUUCGAUUGGAGAAUCACAAAAGCAAAUCAAUUCAUAUGCGUUCCAUUAUGAAAUUGCUACGGCAACGAGUCCGGUAGUUGAUUUACCAACGCCCGAAUCUUUCGAUGAAUCACCAUUACCACCACAUUUUACUUGGUCAGAUUUGAAUUACGUUACACCUUUAGAUUUUCAUGAAGAUUUAAAAAUUCAAAUAGAUGACGAUGAUGAUAAAAAAUUCCAAUAUCCAUCUACAAAUUCUACCGAAAAUGAUAACGGGAACCAAUCUUCCUCCGGCAGUUGUUCUAAUCGAGGUGGCGGUGUUGAAAAUAAUUUUUAUCUUUUACAAGAUGGAAUAUUCACGCCAUCACCGCAAAUUGUUCACUGGAAUUCGUUUACCAGGGCUAGUAAAUAA